AUGCCUUGCUUUCUAAGGCUUGGUCUGUGGUUAGUCAUGCAGGAAAGAAGUUUACCCUAGAACAUCUAUUUCUAGCUAUGUGCACUUUGAUAAUUUGCCCUCCUGCUGUUGAAGCUGAGGUAAUAUAUUGGGCUCAUGUACCUAAUCCCCCUCUUCUCCGUCCUUAUACUUGGAAGGAACCUAUUGUAGUAGUUACAACUUUUCCUAUGAAUGUGUUAUCUCCACCUUAUGGAACAGGUCAGCCAGAUUAUCCUAAUGAAGAAGGGACUUUUUUUAAUUAUACUCAAUUUGUGUCUCCUGAUAUUAUGUGCUUUGGAAUUCCUCCUUGUUAUCCUAUAAGACAGCAAAAUUGGAUUGUUCCUGGUGGUACUUGGGAUAGGAGUCGUACACAUAUGGUGCACCUCUCGGCUCAGUCUGUAGGUCCUGAUUGGACAGAAUAUAAGGACAUAGAUGCCCCAGUUUUGUUAGAAUGUGAAGGCUUUUCUUAUAAUCGGAUAAAGUACUAUAAACCUUUGGUUUGGCAAAACUGUAGAGGGAUGAAAGGGAAAAUUUAUAGGUCUCAAAAUCAUACUUAG